CCGCGGGGCGCGCGCCCGGGACGCGCGCGGCGCAGGGGCGCGGAUCGCUGGCAGCCGGGCCGCCACCGGAACGGGGUCCAGGAACAGGGCUCCGGGCGCUCGGCCGCGAUGAACACGGUGCUGUCGCGGGCGAACUCGCUGUUCGCCUUCUCGCUGAGCGUGAUGGCGGCGCUCACCUUCGGCUGCUUCAUCACCACCGCCUUCAAGGACCGCAGCGUGCCGGUGCGGCUGCACGUCUCGCGGAUCAUGCUGAAAAAUGUGGAAGACUUCACGGGACCUAGAGAAAAGAGUGACCUGGGGUUCAUUAACUUUGACAUCACGGCAGAUCUAGAGAAUAUAUUUGAUUGGAAUGUUAAGCAGUUGUUUCUUUAUUUAUCAGCAGAAUAUUCAACAAAAAAUAAUGCUCUGAACCAGGUUGUCCUUUGGGACAAGAUUGUUCUGAGAGGUGAUAAUCCAAAGCUGCUGUUGAAAGAUAUGAAAACAAAGUAUUUUUUCUUUGACGAUGGAAAUGGUCUCAAGGGCAACAGGAACGUCACGCUGACUCUGUCCUGGAACGUCGUACCCAACGCCGGAAUCCUACCUCUUGUCACGGGCUCAGGACACGUGUCUGUUCCGUUUCCAGAUACAUAUGAAAUCAUGAAGAGUUAUUAAAUUAUUCUGAAUC